GCGUCUACCUCUCUUCGCAGCUCCAAGAGUCAUCCUUCCCUCUCUUUAAAAAAUCCUCCUCUCCGGCAAAUCUUCUCACAGACACUCUCUCCACAUGGAAUCCCCACCGGAAUCAACGACUCCACUCCUACCUCGCCGUUGGCCCCACCACAUCUCCUCCAUCAUCAGAUGGCCCACCGGCUUCAACCUCAAGACCACCAUCUGGUCGGAGCUUGGUGGAUCCGUCGGUGAUCUGGGCACCUACAUCCCCAUCGUCCUGGCCCUCUGCCUCGUCAACCACCUCGACCUCUCCACAACCCUCAUCUUCACCGCUCUCUACAAUAUCAUCACCGGCUUUCUCUUCGGCAUCCCGAUGCCUGUCCAGCCGAUGAAAUCCAUCGCCGCCGUCGCCAUCUCCGAAUCCCAAGCCCACCUCACCGUCCCCCAAAUCAUGGCCGCUGGUAUCUGUACGGCUUCCAUCCUCUUCAUCCUCGGUGCUACUCGCCUCAUGUCCUUCCUAUACAAGUAUAUCCCGCUCCCUGUUGUUCGUGGGGUCCAGCUCUCCCAGGGCCUCUCCUUCGCCUUCUCUGCAAUUAAGUACAUCCGAUACAAUCAGAACUUUUCGACUGGGAAGUCAGGCACGGCGCGACCCUGGCUCGGCCUCGACGGCCUCGUGCUCGCCCUUUCUGCACUCCUCUUCGUCGUCCUCAUCACGGGAUCCGGCAAAGAAGAGUCUGUAUCGGAAUCCCAACUCGCCACGUCGUUGGAUCGGCCACGUCGUAAUCACCGUAGACUACGUGUUUGUUCGAUGAUCCCAGCGGCACUUCUGGUCUUUCUUUUGGGGUUGUUGCUGUGCUUCAUUCGGGACCCUUCAAUUAUUAAGGAUCUCAAAUUCGGACCCGCUAAGAUCCAUGUCGUGAAGAUCACAUGGGAGGAUUGGAAAAUUGGGUUUGUUAGAGCAGCAAUCCCACAGAUUCCUCUUUCGGUUUUGAAUUCGGUGAUCGCUGUUUGUAGGCUGUCAGGCGAUCUUUUCCCCGAGAGGGAGGCAUCGGUGACUGCAGUUUCAGUUAGUGUGGGGAUUAUGAAUUUGGUAGGGUGUUGGUUUGGAGCAAUGCCAGUCUGCCACGGUGCUGGUGGGCUCGCUGGGCAGUAUCGGUUCGGUGGGCGGAGUGGGGCUUCUGUGCUAUUUUUGGGUCUGGCCAAGUUGGUUUUGGGUCUGGUUUUCGGGAACUCAUUUGUGAGAAUAUUGGGUCAGUUCCCAAUUGGGAUUUUGGGGGUACUGUUGCUGUUUUCCGGCAUUGAAUUGGCCAUGGCUUCGAGGGAUAUGAAUAGUAAGGAGGAGUCGUUCGUGAUGCUGGUUUGUGCUGCGGUUUCAUUGACAGGGUCAAGUGCGGCUUUGGGCUUUGGGUGUGGGAUUGUGUUGUUUGUGCUGCUGAAGCUGAGGGAGAUCGAUUGCUCUUCUGGGUUAUUUUCUAGCAAUUUAUUUAGAUCGAAAUCAGCAAAUGACGCUGAAACCAGCUUCGGUUCUCAGCGGCCGAGUUGAUUGGAUCUUUGGUUGGGCUUGUUGGAGAUCAAUCUCAUCAUUGUGUUAGGAGGAGAAACAAGAAGAUCAGAGCCCAAAAAAAUUGGUUGGCUGUAGCUCUUUUAUCCAUCUCUCUGCUCAAUUGUAACGCUCGCCUUGUCCUUUGAAUAUAUUCAGUAGUUCAUGUCCUAGAUGCAUGUUUAUUAUACGUAGAAACCCAAGUGACCGGCCAUAGGAGACGAGUGGAGGUCAUUGAGAACUUGUUGCUUCUAAGCCCUUUAUAUAAGAUCUUGGUCGUACCAUGUAUAUUGUAGGAGUGAAUUUGGGCCCCAUUGUAACUUGUGGAUUUAGGCUUGUAUGUCAACUUCUUAGUGUCAUUUGUACA